GGAUUUUUGGUGAAUGUUUGUCUUUAUGAUAGUUUGCAACAAUUAUUAUAAACAUUUUUAUGCCGGACAGCCUUCAAGAGCUCUUGUUUUAUGUGAUAUUUGUUUAAAAAUGGUUGAAUCUUGCAGUGCGGUGAAUUGUUGCAAUAGACGCAGAAAAGAUGUGAAAAUGAAGUUUCACCAGUUGGUUUUAAUCAUCUCAUUCAUGUUUGUGUGAGAAUUAUCUGCUAAUUGGUAAUUCGAGAAAAUAUCUGGAUUUUUAGGAUACCUACAGAUCCUAACAUGAGGAAGUUGUGGUUACAUGCUAUAAGAAGAGAAAACUUUACUCCCAGUACAAAAACGGUAAUUUGUGAAAGGCAUUUCACUACAG